AAUUGCAAGCAUCUCUUCACGUAAUCUUGUAACAAAAUGUUGUCAAGACAUAGCCUCUCUCAGAGAAACUCCAAAAAUAACUCGUUUAAUGUAGCACCGGCGCCCCUGUCCCCGACAAUUGAUGGAAUUGAGUCACAAUCAAACGCUUCGACAGACACACAAAACCCUGUCGCCGCUGUCCCUGCCACCACUACCACUGCUGCCACUUCCACGGGAAGGUCCAAGACGAGCGUCCACGUAACAGCCCUCGAUGGCAUAGUGAACGUCAACUCACUCUUCACCAUGGCAACCUUCAUAGGCUUCUCCCUAACUGUGCCUCAAGCCGGCAGCGCCGGCAAUCCAGAAUCAUGCAACCCCAGCACCAACGUAAUCAGGAGACUGAUCGUUUUCGAAGUGAUUUCGUUCAGUUUCUUUCUCUUUUCCUCCCUCAUAGCACAAAGUCUGAAGCUGGCAAUCAACUUGUUGAAUAGUUUAGAUGCAAGCGACCCUCAUAAAGCUGAUAUCGACUCAUCUUUCCACAAAUACGCACUGUUUGGCUCCGCCAUUGGAUCUAUCAUGGGAUGUGUGUUUCUGAUGCUUUCGAUUGUGGAUUUCGUUCAGGUGAAAUUGGGUGUGCUUUCUUGUGGAGAAGAACCUGUAUACGCCGUUGUAACGCUGGUUGUGUUCGUAGGUUCUGGCUUACUGGUUUAUAUUACUACUUCUAUAUACGCAGCAUUCUUUAUGUAGCCUAAUAGUUAGAGAGAAAUAGUGGUUAAAGUGUUCUUAUAUUUCGAUAUUUUCAUAUAUUUUUUGUAAAAUGCGAAUAUGUGUUAUUAAUAAAAUAACAUUGAAACUCUUAAGAAAUUUA